AUGUCGAGCGCACCCGCCGAGGCCGAAAAGGCCAAACAGGGCCUGCUGCAAACCGCCAAAACAUGGGGAGAGAACUCCGUGCCGCCCGUGCUGCUCGCGACCCUGAUCACCGCCCAGCACCUCCGCCCGUUCCGGCUCGUGCCCAUGCUCUUCCCGCCCGUCCUGCUCUUCAGCAGCUACCUCAACCUCUCCGGCUUCAAGAAGGACAGCGCGGGCAUGACCGGCGCCUGGUCGGCGGCGUACCUGCUGCUGGCGCUGCGGCGGCGGCAGGCCAUCCGGGCCAAGCUGAAGCUGGGCGGGGUGGUGCGCGGCGCGACGAUGGGGCUGUGUGCGGUGAACGCGGUCGGCGGUGGAUACGCUUACUGGACGGGCAAGCGCGCCGCUGGGGAAUUGUAG